AUGACUACAAUGGAUCUGCGUGUCGGUAACAAGUACCGCAUCGGCCGAAAAAUUGGCUCGGGUUCAUUUGGUGAUAUUUAUCUCGGCACCAACAUCAUUUCCGGGGAGGAAAUUGCCAUCAAGCUUGAAUCCGUCAAGGCCAAGCAUCCCCAACUCGAAUAUGAAGCCCGGGUCUACAAGUCACUCGCUGGAGGUGUCGGUAUUCCGUUCGUUCGCUGGUUUGGUACCGAGUGCGACUACAACGCGAUGGUGCUCGAUCUCCUUGGUCCUAGCUUGGAAGACCUCUUCAACUUCUGCAACCGCAAAUUCUCGCUGAAAACCGUCCUGCUGCUCGCCGACCAACUGAUCUCCCGAAUCGAGUAUAUUCACGCCAAAUCUUUUAUCCAUCGUGAUAUCAAACCGGAUAAUUUCCUCAUGGGCAUUGGCAAGCGGGGCAAUCAAGUCAAUGUCAUUGAUUUCGGUCUGGCUAAGAAAUACCGAGAUCCCAAGACUCAUUUCCAUAUCCCGUACCGUGAGAACAAGAAUUUGACCGGCACUGCACGUUAUGCAUCCAUCAACACCCACUUGGGCGUUGAGCAGUCUCGCCGUGACGACAUGGAGUCUCUCGGCUACGUCAUGCUCUACUUUUGCCGUGGAUCUCUCCCUUGGCAGGGUCUGAAGGCUGCCACGAAGAAGCAGAAGUAUGACCGCAUCAUGGAGAAGAAGAUGACGACCCCUACUGAAGUCUUGUGCCGUGGCUUCCCCAACGAGUUUGCCAUCUACUUGAACUACACCCGUUCCCUUCGAUUUGACGACAAGCCUGACUACAGCUAUCUCCGCAAGAUCUUCCGCGAUCUCUUCGUUCGUGAGGGCUUCCAAUACGACUAUGUAUUCGACUGGACUGUCUAUAAGUAUCAAAAGAACGCCCAGGCCAUCGCUCAGGCUGCUGGCCAAGCCAACCCUGAAGAUGACGAGAAGGCCCGUGCUUCCCGCACCAAUGCUGCCACUGGUGUACAGUCUGCCGCCAAGCCCAAUGCUAUCCCGAGCUCUCGGCGUAAAAUGCUUGAACGCGGAUCUGGUGCUGGUGUCGACACUCCGGAUACCAACCGUGCCAUUGGCGGAAGCGACAGGAUGUGA